CGUUAGUGUAAUAAGCAUUUCUCGUCUUGAAAAUACUCCUUGAGACUCAGUUCUAUUCAGUUUAGUGCUUACGAUACCGUUUAACCAGCACGCGAUACAAUCAUGUUUAAAGUGAGACUUACGGUUUGUGUAGUUCUAGUGAUUGUGGAAUGCUCACUGGCCCAAAACAACCAAUAUCUCCCUCCGGACAAAGGUUAUGCGUAUGAUAAACCGAAUCAACCGUUCCCUUCAUCGCCUCAGCCGCAAAACGUUCCUCGACCUCAACCUACACCUGGGCGUCCUGCUCCGUCGUACGGACCACCAACCGGUCAAGAUGAUCAUCAUCAUGAGCCCGGGAUGCCAUUUGAUUUUCAGUAUAACGUGAACGAUAUAGAAACUCAGAACGAUUACUCUCAUAAGGCAGUAAGUGAUGGUGAUGUUACUCGUGGCGAAUACCGCGUUCAUCUUCCAGAUGGACGGAUGCAGAUAGUGCGCUACACUGCUGAUUGGAAGAAUGGUUACAAUGCCGAAGUUUCCUACGAAGGAGAAGCUAAAUAUCCUGAAGGACCAGGCCAAGGAGGAGCAAAUGCAGGUGGCUACAAAUAUUAGACAACGGUUACAAUUUUUUUAUGGGCUAUUGGGCUCGAACCCGUCUUUAGACAUGUUGCUGAUUCUCGCGUCAGAUAAGACUACAUAUUUUUUCAUGUGAAGUUUGUAAUAUAAAUGAGAAACAUUAUAACUGAAAUAUUAUUAAGUAAACGUUAAAUAAGAUCUUCAGUCGUUGACAACAUUCAAACAAAAGUCAAAUCCUUAUUACAGUAGAAGCUUGUUACAGAAGAGCUUAUUUGUUUUACCACAUUCAUGUCUAGUAACAAAAUGCAUUCUUCAUUCAAUAUUCCUGUUUGAAUGUUACAUAUGAUGUUUCCUCCUUAUAGUUAAUCCUAUAAGUCAAUUAGAAUAAUUGCAAUAUACUAAGUGUGCCAACUUGUUUCUAAUGGUCAACUUAUUUCCCAUAUGCUUUAGGUACAGACCAAUAGAUCAAGUAACUGGCAUAUUGUACAACAAAUCCACAAUAUUUUAUGAGAACGUCAUACCGUAAUAAAAAACCUUAUAUCUAUGCUUGAUUACUAUUUGACACUUAUAAACGUCUCAGAGAUCUUAAUUUUUUUUUAUUACCAUAAAUUAACUAAAAUUAGGUUUACACUACGAACCGCAAUUAUAUGAACUUACAAGAAUCAAAAUAAUUUGACACUAUCAAAAUGUAGUUUGCUGUAAAAAAAGUAAAGCUUUCCAUUCCAUUUAAUCUUCUUUGCUACAAUAUGAAAUUUCUGGAUAUAAUAAAAAUGACGUUCGAUUGA